UCACUGGUAAACAGGGAGUGUACGUUGAAAACAGAGGAACCUGCGGGUAAAAGCACAUGGAUUGGUAUUAUAUGAACUUAAAUUGGGGGAUGGUUAGAUUUACUCUAAAUAUCUAAGUUAGUAUUCAGUCAUUCAACCUGGUCAAUCAGAGGGAGUAUGUUUUGAUUUUCUAGCUAACGUUAGCUACACAGUUAACGUUAAAUGCCUUCAUGAUGAGACAACCGCCUUUCCAUGUCAUUUGAAUGUAGCCUGUGCUGGUGGUAACGUUACAACACCAGGCUGAGUACACACUCAGCAUUAUUUGUCCGUUGUUUCCAAAUGUUUAAAAAGGUAGCUAGUGACCAAAUAUACUAGCUAAGUUUGUGAACGAAUAGCUACAGGCAGUAGCUUCUAGUCGUCUAGCCAAAGCAAAUUUGCAGACUUGUUGGGAUUUCCCUUCGCUGUGGUUACCAUUAGUCACCUUGACGCUUUACGUUAGCUAGCUAGCUAACAUUAGCUAUUACAUUUGCUCAGAUAUAACGCUGAGGCAGUAAGAGAAACAUCAUGGCUAAACAGAAGAAAGGACAGAAGAGUUCAAUUGAUGAUAUGUUAGGAGACCUGUUGGGAGAUGAUGAUUUCCCAGUGAAGGCCAAAGCUCCGGCCCGUGAAGCAGGCAGACUAGGACCUCCUCUACCAUCACGCAGUGGAAAACACUCACUAUUGGGCGACGACUUCUUCAGCAAACUGGCUGAGGAAGCUGAAAAUGAGGACAUAGAUGAUAUGGACGCUGAUCUCUUUGGAUCAAAGAAAAAGCCCAGUACAGCCCCAGCUCAAAGUAAAGGCUCCGGCAUUGGAGGACCUACGAAAAAUCCUCCUAAAUCAGGAAACAAGUUAAAAGGAGGAGGAAUCUCAGAUGAGCUACACAUUGAGGAGAAGAAGCCAAGUUCUGCUCCUGCAUUGACAGCACGUGGCUACAAGAGGUUCAGCUUCACUGGUGAGAUGAUGAUAUUCUUGCCCCAACAACAGACACAAAAGGUACCAAAGCUAACAGUUGGACCCAUGUACAGACCACAAAAUAUCAGGUCAACUGUAAAAUCCAUUGGAGUGGCCCUAAGUGUAGAUUUCUUAACACACCAUAAAGCAUAUUAAUAUCAAAACAGAAUCCCCAGCUCUGGUAUCAUAUCUGUUGUCUACAGACUUUGAUGACCCUUUGGCUGACCUGUUAGAUGAUCUACCCAUAGAAGACAAAAAUGAGCCAAAAAUCAUCAAAAAAGCUCCUCCAGAGAGAUCAGUGCUGCCACCAGACUCUCCUAUCAUAAAGAAAAAAG